AAAGGUAAAAAAAGAAGAUAAACAUGGCACAAUUACAACCUGAGAGAGUUGUAGAAGAAUGUAUUCAAGAAAAUACAACUACACAUUUUGAGGCUAAGAAAAGUAGUAAUAAGGAGGAUAGUGCCUCUUUCAAAUUCAAUGUGCAAGCCCCUGAAUUUGUACCAAGAUCUCAUACUACUACUAAUACUAAUACUAACAGUACUACUACAACACCAAUUUCAAGUUAUUUUUACCCAUAUUUUCAAUAUCUUUCGGGGGGUAAUGCUACUUCUGAUUGGUUAUAUGUUGGUGAUCAAGACACUCUUUCUUAUGUUCCUAAUCAAAAUUUCUCUGCUAUACUUCAAAAAGAUCUCCUACCUGAAGAUGUCAAGAACAAGAUCAUUAAACAGGUCGAAUAUCAACUGAGUGACAUGAGCUUGCUGGCAAAUGAGAACUUAUUGAGACAGAUGAAUAAGGACCUUGAAGGCUUUGUCCCAAUUUCCUCUGUUUCGGCUACAAAGAAAAUCAAGUCACUCAUAACCAAUCAGCAGACACUUGCUCAUGCCCUCCUGUCCUCUACAAAGCUGAUUGUAAGCAGUGAUGGGAAAAAAGUUAAAAGAAGAAUUCCAUUUACUGAUAAGGAUAAAGAGGACUUGCAGCUACGCACAGUUGUUGCUGAGAAUUUACCAGAUGAUCACUCCCAUCACAACAUUGAGAAAAUAUUCAAGGUAGCUGGAAGUGUCAAAACCAUCCGCGUAUGCCAUCCCCAGGAUCCAAAUUUGCCGCGUGCUAGAGGUGACAUUGGCAUUAGCAACAAGCUCCAUGCACUGAUUGAGUUUGAGAAUCCUGAAGCAGCUGAGAGAGCAGUUGAGAAGUUAAAUGAUGAAAGGAAUUGGAGAAAAGGCCUAAGAGUGAGGUUGCUCCUCAGACGUUCACCAAAGUCUGUCCUAAAGAUCAGGAAGUGUGAAUUUGAUGGAUGUUUUGAUGAUGAAGAUGGACUGCCCCCUGAAGACUCUGAUAGCAAUAAUGUAAGUAAUGUCAUGGCUAAAAAAGUUGAAGACGGUGUAGGAUCAGCUAAAAAAGCAUGGAACAAAGGGCGUGGGAAAUUAAGAAUGCGUCCUCAAAUUCAUGGUGGUCGGGGCCUGCUUGCUGCACUUCCACAAAGCAGCAGUGGGUCGGGUCUAGGUGAAGGACCAGUGAGACAGGUUACAAAAGGGCCAAGAAUGCCGGAUGGAACGAGAGGUUUCACCAUGGGAAGAGGGAAGCCUCUCACUGCUACUGUUAUAUCCGGAGUACAUGUUGCCUAAUUAGAACCUUGAUCAAUUUUUUUCCCUUAUGGUUACUAUGAAAAAUAGUCACCAAAAUGAGAUUUUGGAUUUCAGAGUUUUUAAGAGUCAAGAAAAUAAUGUUAUGUUCUA